AUGUCGUCACAUACAGUAAAAUCUGAUCGUCUAACCCUUGAACCUAUCAAUCUUGACAAGCAUCUUCAUGGCUGUCACAAGAUUCUUUCCGAGCCUCGUAACGCUGAAUGGUCUACCCGAGCACCAAAUACUCAACUCGAGCAGACAGAAGAAAGGAUCUUGGAAAGUAUGUCCAGCGUCCAAUUUCCAAUGUGGGCAAUCAUGGCCCCGACUACAUUGUCUAUUUCAGUACCUGUGGCGGAUGAGACAGAAGGGCAAGAGAUGGAAAUGGUGGGUAUCAUCGGAAUAUCCCAUAAACCAGAGAAUGUGGGGUAUAAGAUUCAUCCAGACCAUUGGGGUAAGGGGUACAUGACAGAAGCUUUGAGAUUGUUUGUAGAGAUGUUCUGGACUCUUGAAGAAAAGAAGUCUUUGCCGCAAAUUAUAGCGGCUUACACUCCUGGUAAUGAUGCCAGUGCUAGAGUGCUCGAGAAAGUGGGUUUCAAGACUGGGAAACUACUUCGUGGAGAGAUUGAAUUAUGGUUUAAUCGUGGUCAAAAUCGGAAAAAGCGAUAUUCAGUGCAUGUACAUAGAUCGUCCUGGGUCUAA